AUGGUGGUAUCAAUGGAAGCAUCACCUUUGCCUAGUCUGUAUCAACAUUAUACUCAAGGAGAAAUAACUUCGGGUCUGUCCACCCAGCAGCCGUAUUUUACUUUAAAUGGUAGAAACAUUAGCAUCUAUAGCGGCGCUGUACACUAUUUCCGGGUGCCGCCGGAGUAUUGGCGGGACAGGCUAAGAAAAAUGAGACAUGCCGGUUUAAAUACCGUCGAAACUUACGUUCCGUGGAAUCUUCACGAACCAGAACCAGGAAAAUAUGACUUUGGCAAUGGAGGAACAGACUGGCAAGAUUUUCUUAACCUAGAAAAAUUCUUAAAGACCGCCCAAGAAGAAGAUCUUUUAGCCAUCAUCAGGCCGGGACCUUUUAUAUGCGCCGAAUGGGAAUUCGGCGGUUUUCCCAGUUGGCUUUUAAGGGAAAAAAACAUAAAAGUCAGAACUUCCGAUGCAAAUUACAUGAAGCACGUGACAAGGUUUUUUAACGCUUUGUUACCAAUUUUAGCGGCACUACAGUUUACAUCAGGAGGUCCAAUAAUAGCUUUUCAAGUAGAAAACGAAUAUGGCAGCUCAGAAAGAAUGACUUCAAUAAAUCCAUUUCAACCAGAUCUUAAUUACGUUCAAGAUUUAAUAAAUUUAAUGAAAAGUAACGGUAUAAAGGAGUUAUUGUUUAGUUCUGAUAAUUCUGUGGAUCACGGAACCAGAGGUACUAUACCGAGCGAAUUGUUUCAGACAGCCAAUUUUAAUAAGAAUCCGGAACAGCAGUUUGAUAUGCUGAAAAUGUUGCAGCCGAAUCGGCCUUCUAUGUGCAUGGAGUUUUGGGCAGGAUGGUUUGACCACUGGUUUGAAAAACAUUAUGUCGGAAAUGUAUCAAAUUUCAAAGACGUCUAUGAGAGAAUUUUGAAAUACCCUGCUUCAGUAAACCUGUACAUGUUUCAUGGUGGAACCAGCUUUGGAUUUUUGAACGGUGCAAACAUAAAAGGCAAAAUAGAUCAACCCUUCGCGGAAAUCCAAAGAAACUUUCAACCAGAUAUAACGAGCUAUGACUACGACGCACCUCUUACAGAAUAUGGCGACUACAACUUAAAAUAUUUCGUAGUUAAAGAGCUAAUCGAGCAAUACAACCCCGUAAAAACUCGACUUCCAGAAUUUGUGACGCCUUUAAAAUUGGUUGAAUACAAAUCAAUUUCUACUACAGAUUUUAUGGGUUUUCAUGAUGUACUUUCACAUAUUAAUAUUAAUUGUGUUAUUAUAAGCGAAAAUAUAGUGCCAAUGGAAUUUCUAAAUAUUAAUAAUAAUACAGGGCAAAGUUUUGGGUAUGUUAUUUACAGGAAAAAUCAUUUGGAUUUAAAUAAAACAUUUACUCUUAAAUUUGAUGGGUAUGUGUAUGAUGCUGCUACAGUUUAUGUAAAUGGUAAAUUAAUAAGCAAAAAACCAAAUAAUUUAAAUGAUUUGGACGGUUUUGGGUUCUAUAGACAAAAAAAUGCCAUUUUAAAAGUAAAUUUACCCGUAUCUUUAAAAAACGCAACCCUAGAAAUAAUGGUGGAAAACAUGGGCAGAAACAAUUUUGGCCAAUUAGAAUGGUUCACUCAACUUAAAGGUUUACACAACAAUUUUUACAUAAACAACCAAGAAAUAAAAAAUUACGAAAUUUUACCCCUAGAAUUCAAAAAAUCUUUCACUUCAACUCUCUCCUGGAAAAAACAACAACAAAAUACCAAACAACCUGGACUUCAUAAAGCAAUUUUACCCAUAACAAAGAAAUUUGACACUUUUUUGGAUAUGAAAAACUGGACUUGGGGUAUCGUCAUUAUAAACGGAUUUAUUUUAGGUAGAUACAAUAAUUUAGGGCCACAGAAAAGUUUAUAUCUACCAGCACCUCUAUUAAAUAUAGGAAACAAUGAAAUUUUAGUAUUUGAAAAUUACGAAGGUUCUGAUAACAUUAGUUUUUCAGGUAAACCGAUUUUUAACUUGUAA